AACACCCUGGGGGAGGACUAGAGCUGUCAGAAGACCCUGGGGGAGGACUAGGGCUGUCAGAACACCCUGGGGGAGGACUAGAGCUGUCAGAAAACCCUGGGGGAGGCCUAGAGCUGUCAGAAGACCCUGGGGGAGGACUAGAGCUGUCAGAAAUCCCUGGGGGAGGACUAGAGCUGUCAGAAGACCCUGGGGAAGGACUAGAGCUGUCAGAACACCCUGGGGGAGGACUAGAGCUGUCAGAACACCCUGGGGGAGGACUAGGGCUGGCUGAACACCCUGGGGGAGGACUAGAGCUGACUAAACACCCUGGGGGAGGACUAGAGCUGUCAGAACACCCUGGGGGAGGACUAGAGCUGUCAGAACACCCUGGGGGAGGACUAGAGCUGACUAAACACCCUGGGGGAGGACUAGAGCUGUCAGAACACCAGUCCUCCCCCAGGGUGUUCUGA